AUGCAACAAGCAGCAGCAGGGCUUCCUCCUCAUCAAUUCGCUGCUCUUCUUCCAAUUGCAUUCGCUAAUCUUGCCAGCCAACCCGACCCGUCUUCCCCUCUCCAUUCGCUGUGUUUGCAGGUCAGAGGGAAAUUGAGGAGAGGAAACGCAUUUUUUUUUCAGCAUGUCGUCUUCUUUGUUUUCCACCACUUCCCAGACAAUAUCGUCAAUGGACUUGAUCUCACUCUGGAAGGCUGCAAUACCAAUUCAACACCCGCUUCCCUUCUGGAUGCAAUCGUGGACAAGUUGGAAGCGAAGGAAUUCAAGAAGAAUAAAAUAUCGUUAGAUAUGGGUGCCGCUAAAGCUGACGAAUGUACUCGAGUGCUGGCUAAAAGAUUGGAUGAAGCGAGAACAAAACUGCCCAAUUUCUAUGGGUAAGAGAUGUGUAAUCCGUCCACAAUGACUGUCUUUUACUUUCAGUGUAUGGUCUCGCUAUCUGGAUCCGGUCACUCGCCUCGCUCAACUCUUCCUCUACGUGCCCAUCCGUGAUGGAUUCGAGCCGAACCAACCGAUGACAGUGCUUCAGAGAGAGUGCUACGAGUACUUCGCUCGUGUUGCCGCCGUCUUCUCCCCGCUCAUCGCUCCCUAUUCUCCAACUCAUCCUCCAUUCUCCCCAUCGCACGAGGCUCAGGCGGUGCUCGUUCUUGAUCGUUUCAUCGAGUUUCUGUCGGACCUUCCUUUCAAUUCGUGUAUUCCGCCUGGUAUGCAAAACAUCCAGUCGCUAGUAUGGCAGUACUACUGCGAGAAGCUGUCGAUCUUGACCCACGGCACGCAACACUACUACAACGUCAUCGAACGGCAACUCGUUCGUUUGAACUGGCAGUCUCUUUGGCCGUCAAACUGGCGAUAACCGCUAUGGAAACAUGUCUGGACACUCGUUCUCCCGACUGUGCUUCGUUCGUUUCACAGAUCGUGGCACGCAUUCCGUGGGGUAGUAUUCUGCAGACUAUGCACGAGGACAGCAGUCCCAGCUACCUGGCUUCUCUCUUCGGAGUUCUAGUCCGUCUGGCAGCUCGUCCUCGCAACUACGAAAACGUUCGGGCUUCUUUGCUGGAAUUGGUCAAGUCUCUCUCCCUGCGAACCGACUGGAACCGUUUAACUCCUGAAGACGCAACUGGAAUCGCUCACGCCGUCUCGAAGAGUUUAACUCUUCCGAGUUCGGUCGAAAUGGUGUCGGUGAUCCAAGUGAUAUGGAGGAAGAUCUGUUGCUUUGUUGCCCGGGAGCCAUUCUCGCAUGACGCACUGGUCAAACAGACAUUAUGGAUCAAAACAGAGUGCGGUCUUCUACUCAAAGCUGAUGCUGCACAGAUUCCUGUCAUGUACAAUUCUCUGAUUUCGGAUGUGAAUUUAUUAGCUGUUAACCAUUGUCAGUUAGAUAUAUUCGAUUAAUUAAACAACGUUUAUUUUUCAGCCAAUUUGAGAGAAUACAGAGUGGUGGCUCGUGAACUGACGGCGUUGUGGAAGAAUAUCACUGAUCCCAAAUUAGGAGGUAUUUCCCUUUUUCCUUCUUCUCCGUCUCCACGACCUACUUUUCGUCCAGAAUCUCUUGUAUCUCUUUGGACCGAUUAUCUCUCCGCGAACUCGAAUUCUCCGCUCGUCCUUACCUCCGUCAACACUGUCAUCGAUUCAUUGAAUGCGGAUCAACUGACAACUGCUUUGAAAGUUGUCGAAAAGACUAUCGCCGCAUACUUUUCAAGUGAGUCCGGAUAUUUGAGUUCCUAAUCUCAACUAAUUUAUUAUAGGAACUGACAGCACAUGGGCAGAACUCUUUCAUUGGAUUCAGUUCCCAAAUGGCAGCAUCAAAACGAUCAAGAGUUACCUGAUGACAGUUCCUUCGUCCGAAAACAAGGCACAGAUGCUUCCGCUCACACUAAAAGUCUUCAUGGAUUACGGUGGUUCCGAUGACAACAAGUUCUUUGAUUUGCACUAUUACGUAACGUGCAUCCGACCGAAACAUGUCACCUCGGAGGCCGGAUUCGUUUGUCUUCUGGCCCGUCUCAUUCAAUGGAUUGCUGCCCGCAGUCCCACCCUCCCGACUCACUUUGCUCCAACCGACGACCUACUUCCUCCCGUUAUUCGUUAUCUAGGAAAGGCCGGAAAAGACGAAUCCAGCUUUCUGACCGCCCUUAUCAGCAGCAAGAAGACGUCACACUCUCAGAAGUAAGUGAUACAUUCACAGAAACAUCAUGUUCAGUGUGUUUUUUUUCCAGGCUGCGUGUAGUUUUACAAAUUCUGGAACUCUACUUGACUCAACAGACGCUUGGCGAAGGGAAACGGCCGCGAUGUGACGCGAACUCGCCGGUGCUCAACUCUCGGAUAUCAACCCUGAAGGAGUUGGCUCAGCAAAAAGCGAACCAGAAUAUGAACGAGGCUUUCAACAAGGCCACUGCCUAUUUCGUGCAGAUAGAGACUCAUCAUAUCCAGUCGGCCUCCAAGCUGCUCCUGGACAUCGGACGAUGCACAUUCCGAGACCGUUUCCUCACAGAUGUAUAA